AUGGUCUACUUGAGCAGCUCUAGACUGAGCGAUGAAAGGCAAAGGCAUGUUGAAACAAACCCUGAUUGUUGGCUAGUUCGACUGCCGGGCGAUCCGGCAUCAGAUGGCGGGAAAACAGCCGAUUUCUAUGUUGGCAACGGACUUUACAUUUUGACGGCGAAUGCAGCCGAGUUUGCCAGACAGUCCGACAAGGCGACCGAGGAGGCCGGAUGGAUCUGGUCCUACAUCAUGUACGAAUAA